CUUCUCACCUUCUCACCUUCUCACCUUCUCACCUUCUCACCUUCUCACCUUCUCACCUUCUCACCUUCUCACCUUCUCACCUUCUCACCUUCUCACCUUCUCACCAAUUCUCCACGCACAAUUCUCACACACGUUCUCACCAAGUCCACGCUUAAACCUCACUCACGUUCUGGUCCCCACGCAUUAUUCUCGCUCACCUUCUCACCACAGUCUCACCACCAUCUCCACCCCCGGAAUCCCAUCUAUUAUACUGCCCAAAAUACAGCAUGCUGAAUGGACGUCCGCAAAAAGAGCCCGACAUCAAAGAAACCCCCAGUGAGCCGAAAUCCCGGCAGCCCAGCCAGGCCGCCAGCCCGACCCUAAAAGUGGUGCUUCUCGGCGACCUGGGCGUGGGCAAAACUUGUCUCCGGUCACAGUUUGUGCACCACGUGUUCUCCAAUGCAUACAAGGCCACCAUCGGCGGUGACUACUUGACCACGACGGUGCCGGUCGGGCCCGAGGCCGGCGAACCCGGCAAAACCAGCGAUCCCGGCGAAAUAAGUGAUCGCGGCGAGUCUGGCGGAUUGAGCGAUACCGGCGAAACAAGUGAUCCCGGCGAAUUGAGUGAUCCCGGCGCCCCCCGGGCCGUCAGCUUGCAGGUGUGGGACACCGCUGGCCAGGAGAGGUACAACCUGAUUUCACAGGCGUUCUACCGCGGUGCGGACGUGGCUGUUUUGGUGUAUGACGUCACCAGCUACGAGUCGCUUCUCAGUGUGCGGGACUGGUUUGCCCGGUUCAUGCAGCACUGCCAGGUGGAGUCGCCUGGCAUCGUGAUUGUGGGAAACAAGCUGGACCGGGCCGGGGACCGGGCCGUGGACCGGCUCGAGGUACAGGACGUGCUCUGUCGAAACGCCGCCGUGCCUCUAGCCGAGCACGUGGGCUGCUGGGCCGAGGAUGUCAUGGAGAUUUCGGCCCGGACCUUGGCUUCGGUGGACGCGGUGUUCCGGCGUGUGGCCGUGGUGGGCUUGGCCAAGAUGCACGACCGGCACCACCACCGGUGUGCCGUUGGGCUUCAUGAGAUUUGUGAGCUCUAUGGUCUUUAUGAGCUUUGUGGUCUUGAUGAGCUUUAUGGUCUUGAUGAGCUUCAUGAGAUUUGUGAGCUUUAUGGUCUCUAUGAGCUUCAUGGUUUCUAUGAGCUUUCUGGUCUCCAUGAGCUUUAUGGUCUGUAUGAGCUUUAUGGUCUCUAUGAGUUCUAUGGCUUUUGAUGAGCUCUAUGGGCCCUUCAUGGUCUUUAUGAGCUUUAUGGGUCUUCAAAGCUUGAUGGAUCUUUAUAAGGUCUUUGGAUCUUCAUGGGUUUUGUGGAUCUCUAUGAGUUUUAUGGUCUUUAUGAACUUCAUGAGAUCUAUGAACUCAAUAGGUCUUUAUAAGUUUCAUGUAUAUUUAUGAGCUUUAUGGGCCUUUAUGAGUUAUGAGCUUCAUGAGGCUUAUGAGCUCUAUGGGUCUUUAUAAGCUCUUCGAAUCUUUAUAAGCUUUUUGGUCUUUAUGUGUUUCAUGAGAUUAAGCUCUUUGGAUCUUUAUAAGCUUCAUGGGAGUUGUGGAUAUUUGUAGAAGGCCCCUGAUGAAGUUCUUAAGGUUUAGUGCGGAUCUCAAGUAGUGGGCUGAUAGUCGGGCGAAGAAAAUGUUCGAUGGUUCGAAGAAUUUCACAAAUCUAUGGAUGUUU